AUGCCUAUAGCCUUCAAGUUGGUGACUGGGCUCAUCCUCGCCAAUGGAGCGAAUGGCAGUGAGCCUGAGUUUUCUCGGCGCUUCCACAAGCUUACUCCGAUCACAUCAACGGACCGCUCGCCAUGGGGGACGAACCGCAUUCCGCACUCCAGACCGAGUUACGCUCACUAUAUUUGCGGCCUCAUGUUGUAUCCGAGGCGAUACAAACACUGGCAUGCGGUCCUAAUCAAACGGAAUGCCAGGUCGUCCAUCGACAUUGUCGGGGACUCUACCACCGGGCUCGAGCUGCUCAGAGAGACAUUCGACCUCGUUCCAUUCCUCGGGCCCCUCCACUUGGCGCUCCUGUACGCCAUCGAGAGCGCUAUCCUUCUGGUCAAAAGCCAAACAGUCCUCGAAGGUCAACACGCGCGUCAGCUCGAUGACGAGCUCCAGACGUCGUCUGACGAGUCGAUCAAACCGUUCUCUGAAAUGCAGCGCGACAUAGACGUUGCGCUCAGCCGCUCGAAAUGGCAGCGGUCCUUAUGCCGCGCUUCGGUGGCUAGCACUCUCGAUGAGCAUACGGGCCCGAUUGAUCAUGCACGGGGUCGAUAG